CAGGGCAAAGAGUUGCAGCUGAAGGAGCUGGACGUUUUGCGCGCAGACGUUGCGGAGAAGGAUGCCUUGGUCGUCAGCUUGACGCAGGGCAAUGAGUUGCAGCUGAAGCAGCUGGACGUUUUGCGCGCAGACGUUGCGGAGAAGGAUGCCUUGGUCGUCAGCUUGACGCAGGGCAAUGAGUUGCAGCUGAAGCAGCUGGACGUUUUGCGCGCAGACGUUGCGGAGAAGGAUGCCUUGGUCGUCAGCUUGACGCAGGGCAAAGAGUUGCAGCUGAAGGAGCUGGACGUUUUGCUUGCAGACGUUGCUCAGAAGGAUGCCUUGGUCGUCAGCUUGACGCAGGGCAAUGAGUUGCAGCUGAAGCAGCUGGACGUUUUGCGCGCAGAUGUUGCGGAGAAGGAUGCCUUGGUCGUCAGCUUGACGCAGGGCAAUGAGUUGCAGCUGAAGCAGCUGGACGUUUUGCGCGCAGAUGUUGCGGAGAAGGAUGCCUUGGUCGUCAGCUUGACGCAGGGCAAUGAGUUGCAGCUGAAGGAGCUGGACGUUUUGCGCGCAGACGUUGCGGAGAAGGAUGCCUUGGUCGUUGGCUUCACGCAGGGCAAUGAGUUGCAGCUGAAGGAGCUGGACGUUUUGCGCGCAGACGUUGCGGAGAAAGAUGCCUUGGUCGUCAGUUUGACGCAGGGCAAGGAGUUGCAGCUGAAGGAGCUGGACGUUCUGCGCGCAGACGCUGCGAAGAAGGAUGCCUUGGUCGUCAGCUUGACGCAGGAGCUGGACGUUUUGCGUGCAGACGUUGCGGAGAAGGAUGCCUUGGUCGUUGGCUUCACGCAGGGCAAAGAGUUGCAGCUGAAGGAGCUGGACGUUUUGCGCGCAGACGUUGCGGAGAAGGAUGCCUUGGUCGUCAGCUUGACGCAGGGCAAUGAGUUGCAGCUGAAGGAGCUGGACGUUUUGCGUGCAGACGUUGCGGAGAAGGAUGCCUUGGUCGUUGGCUUCACGCAGGGCAAAGAGUUGCAGCUGAAGGAGCUGGACGUUUUGCGCGCAGACGUUGCGGAGAAGGAUGCCUUGGUCGCCAGUUUGACGCAGGGCAAUGAGUUGCAGUUGAAGGAGCUGGACGUUUUGCGCGCAAACGUUGGGGAGAGAGAUGCUGUGGUGCUUCGCCUGACGCAGGAGCAUGUCAUGGUGGCGCAAUCAUACUGCAUGAUGGACUGUGCGCUGUGGGAUGGUGUCGACCUGUCAUUGGGCUAUGUUUGGAAAUCGCAGUUGGACUUGGAGCGUGACUCCGUCCAGGUGGGGGCGAACCAGCUGCGCGCACGGCAAGCUUCGCUGCUUAAGGCGAGGGCCGCAGGAUUGGAAGAGCUGGGCAGUUUGCGCGCAGAGGUCGCGGAGAAGGAUGCCGUGAUGCUUCGCCUGACGCAGGAGCGUGAGGACUUCCAGGCAGAAGCAAGCCAGCUGCGCGCACAGAAAGCUUCGCUGUUCGAGGGGAAAGCCGCGGAAUUGGAAGAGCUGGAGGCUUUACGCGCAGAUGCUGCUCAGAAGGAAGCCUUGGUGGAUCGCCUGAAGAAGGAGCGUGAGGACUUCCAGGCAGAAGCAAGCCAGCUGCGCGCACGGGAAGCUUCGCUGUUCGAGGGGAAAGCCGCGGAAUUGGAAGAGCUGGAGGCUUUACGCGCAGAUGCUGCUCAGAAGGAAGCCUUGGUGGAUCGCCUGAAGAAGGAGCGUGAGGACUUCCAGGCAGAAGCAAGCCAGCUGCGCGCACGGGAAGCUUCGCUGUUCGAGGGGACAGCCGCCGAAUUGGAAGAGCUGGAGGCUUUACGCGCAGAUGCUGCGGAGAAGGAAGCCUUGGUGGCUCGCCUGAAGAAGGCAGCCUUGGCUCCGGGCAAUGAGUUUCAGCUGAAGGAGCUUGACCUUUUGCGCACAGACGUUGCAGAGAAGGAUGCCUUGGUGGUUCGCCUGACGCAGGAGUGCGAGGCCUUGCUGGGUCGCCUGGCGCAGGGCAACGAGUUUCAGCUGAAGGAGCUCGAAAUUUUGCGCGCAGAGAUUGCGGAGAAGGAUGCCUUGGUAGUUCGCCUGACGCAGGAGAGCGAGGCCAGCCGGGAGGCUUUCCGCACGAACAGCUGGGAAGAGCUGGAAGCUUUGCGGGGCGAGAAGGAUGGCUUGAUGAUGCGUGUGACACAGGCCGACUUUCAGCUUCAGCAGCUCGACGUUCUUCGCGCAGAGCUGGCUGAGAGGGACGCCUUGGUGGCUCGCUUGACGCAGGACUGCCAGACGGAGGCGAAGGCACUCCAGCCCGCGGACGCGCAACCCUCGCAGGAGGAAGGCGCGGACGAGAUGGAGGCCUUGCACAUAGAGGUGGCAGAGAAAGAUGCCCUGCUCGCCCGAGCAACGCAGGCAGGGCCUUGA